GAGAGGCUGGCAAACAUGGAUUCAAGAUUUUCUUCUCCCCAGUGGCUGUGCAAAGGAAUGAAAGGUCUGUAUCGAGCUGAGGUGGAAGGGUUGCAAGUCACCGUGCCUGAGAAGAAGAAGGUGGCCAUGUUGUUUCAGCCUGCUCUGCUUCGCUGCCACUUCUCUACUUCUUCCACCCAACCAGCGGUGGUGCAAUGGAGGUAUAAAUCGUACUGCCAGGACCGGAUGGGAGAAGCUUUGGGCAUGGCGACUUCUGGUGUACAGACAAUGAGCAAGAGGAACCUGGACUGGGAUCCCUACCUGGACUGUGUGGACAGCAGGAGGACGGUCCGCGUCGUGGCCUCCAAGCAAGGAUCUGCCGUUACCAUAGGGGACUUCUAUAAGGAACGGGACGUCAGCAUUGUCCACGAUGCAGACCUUCAGAUUGGGAAGCUGAUGUGGGGAGACAGUGGGCUCUAUUACUGCCUUAUCAUCACACCAGAUGAUGUGGAGGGCAAGAAUGAAGAAUCAGUGGAGCUGCUUGUACUUGGCAGGACAGGGCUGCUUGCUGAUCUCUUGCCCAGUUUUGCUGUGGAGAUUAUGCCAGAGUGGGUCUUUGUGGGCCUGGUGAUCCUGGGCGCGUUCCUGUUCUUCCUCCUGGUGGGGAUCUGCUGGUGCCAGUGCUGCCCACACAGCUGCUGUUGUUACGUCCGCUGCCCCUGCUGUCCUGAAUCCUGCUGCUGUCCCCGGGCGCUGUACGUAGCAGGCAAGGCAGCAAAGGCAGGGUACCCUCCUGCGGUCUCCUCCAUGCCAGGUCCAUACUACAUCCCCAGCGUCCCUGUGGCUGGUGUCCCAUCUCCUGCUGUGCUGAUGGACAAGUCGCACCCACCUCCCUUAGCCCCAAGCGACGCCACUGGAGGAAGCCAAAAUGUGCGCAAAGGGUACAGGAUCCAGACUGACAAGGAAAGGGACUCCAUGAAGGUGCUGUACUAUGUCGAGAAAGAACUGGCUCAGUUUGACCCAGCUCGGAGGAUGCGAGAACGAUAUAACAACACCAUCUCUGAACUCAGCUCCUUGCAUGAGGACGACUUGAACUUCCGACAGCCGUACCGCCAGGCGCGGAGGAAACCUCUGCCUCCAGCAGGAGACCUGGAUGGGGAUGCUGAGUACUGGGCAGGAGUGAUCGGCGGGGGCAGCACAUCAAGGUCACAGGCUGUCUCUGAUUACAGAGAUGAGAGGGACAGUUUCCGGCACAGCCAGCAGAGAUCCAAGUCCGAGAUGCUGUCCCGUAAGAGCUUCUCUGUGGGAGUGCCGGCCGUCUCCAUGGACGAGCUGGCAGCCUUCGCGGAGUCCUACAGCCAGCGGGCCCGGCGGGCGGACAGCCAGGAGACUCGGCGUUUCGAGCGCUCGGAGUCGCGUGGCGGAGGGCUGCACCACCAGGACAGCUCCCUGGAGGAGUACUACACCAAGCGCAGCAGGGGGAACCGAGAGCCGCUGACGGACUCGGAUCGGGGCUGGUCGUACAGCCCGCCCCGCAGACGGGCCCACGAGGAGAAGCACCUGCCCCGGCUGGUGAGCCGGACGCCCGGAGGGAGCCAGAAAUACGAUCACUCCUACCUCAGCAGCGUCCUGGAGAGGAAAUCCCGGAGCUACGAUGAAAGCGGUGACCGUUGUGAAACCCCCUCAAAGCUGAGCUCGCAGCCCAGCCAGAGAGGAGGGGGAACGUAUUACGCCUGGUCACCACCCUCUACCUACAAGCCCGAGCCAUCGCAGCAGCAGUCACAGUCACAGUCGUCUGACCAGGAGGAUGGGGAGGACACCCUGCCUCCCUACAGCGAGAGGGAGCUGAGCCGAGGCCCUUCGUACCGGGCCAGGGAGCAGGCCUACCUCAACGCCUCUGACAAGAAGAGGAAAAAGGAGCCCAAGAAAACAAACGAUUUCCCAACGAGGAUGUCCCUCGUGGUGUGAAGUUGUGGACAUGUCAUGUUGAUGGGCUGGAUACCACGAGGUGACUGUGGUGGAAAAGAUACAGAGCAACAAGCAAAACAGGCCCCCGUGAACCUUUGCAGCCACCAGUCUCGGACUCAGUUCAAAUCGUUUAUUUCAUCAGGGGAGCAGAGGCUCUCCUAAGAGACAGACUCCCAUGAACAGCACCUGAUCUCAGAGGCUCUGGGAGUCUGCAAAGAAAAUGAGGCCAGGGCUCUCUCUGGCAUCCUCCAUUCUGCGCUGGAAGGCAGCCAUGGCCCUGCUGCCCCUGCAGCCCUGAACUACGAGCAAGGCUGCCUUUGUGCCUCUUGCCCUGUCUCACGUGCAGGGAGAGGCCCGUGUGCAUACCUCUUGCUCUCUCUGUCUCCUCUCUUCUCUGUUUGGAUCAAUAUCAUCCCAUGCUUAUACUUGGAGCCUAUUCAGCAUCAUCCCCAUGCUGGGAGGAGGCCUCGUUCUUACAGCUGCAGACCGCCUCCAGUUGAUCAGGCCCUAAAUUAUGAAAGAAAAUCUACAUCCUUUCAGACACCAUAGAGCAGGGACUGAUGAGGUGUUUCUGUGGCAAGGGCUGAACAGAGAGAGAGAGACAGAGACAAGUAUGGGCUGGUUUGUUCAAUAUAUUUAGUUAUGUUCAUUUUGUGAUGAGAGUUGCAAGUGAGAUUGAUGUAUUGUUUUGAAAGUGGAUCAAAGUAGCUUUUCUUGUGAUGAGAGCAUGAUGUGUUUUUCUCCCCCGUCCCCAACUGUGAUUUGUUUUGAUAAAGUUGCAUUUUCUUGCAGCUGAGCUAUGGCCCUGUAGAGCUUCAAGCUAGAACAUUUACACCACCAUAUCAGAAGCAGUGCUCUAGUUUUGCUGGCGUUCUGCUUCCAGCACCACCAGACCUCUCUGCAUAGUGGCCUUUUUGUUUUAAAGAAGCAAAAGGGGAAAAAUUGCAGUGAGAAGGCUGCAGAUCUUCAUUCUGUGCUAUUGGUAUCACUCUUUUCUGGUCAUUGUUCUCAGGCACUGAACAGAGCAGUAAGAGCAACGGAGAAAGAAUUAAUGCUGUGGAUGAACACAAGCUUUGAAAGUCACUUUUUUCAAUUACACUUGUUUCAGUCACUACAGUUGUGACAUGAUUUUAGUGGCUGUUGUCUCAGGAACAGCUGAAUUUAGAAGUGAGUGCUUCGCACCAUCUGGAAGCCUUACAUUCUGGAUUUCAUAGGGUAUAAUGCAGUCAUUUCUUUAAAUUUUAGCUGCUAAAUUCAUAAUGUGAGGGAAAAUGGCGGGAAUAUUUUAAGGUCCAGUAUCUUGAUUGCUGUCAGGCCUAGAAACGAUUUAGUGCCAUAUUGUGUUAUGGACACUGUCAGCUUCUGAAAUGCCAUCUUUCUUAACUCUGGAAGUUUGGUAGCUACCUGGCCUCAAAUUUGUUAGGUGCUCACUCUAGCAAUACGUAUUUGAACACUGGAUUAAUGAACAUCACUGCAGUUCUCCAUAAAAAUUGCAGAUUACUUUCUGUACUACUCCUUCGCCAUAUAGUUCACCAGGAAUGGUCAGAGGAGAGGGUGAAUGAUCUCCACAGCUGUCAGGACAUUCCAGUUUUUCACACUAGGUGAAUGACACAAGGAUGUCUUCUCCACGCUUCUCUAGUGGUGAGUGCAGAUUUGUAAAUUCUAGUCCUGGGUCUUCCUGGCCAAAGGAUUAUCCUGUAGGGGCAUACUGUACCUGCCUCUGCUUUGCAUUAUGGCUGGAGAGACAAAACUGUAAGUAUUUUGAUCUUUUCUCAUCUUUAACAUAUGUUCCUAGGAGAACCACAGGAUGGUUAACAAAAGGCUGGCAGGUGGUUUCCAUCUCAACUCCAGUGCCUCGAGAAGAAUACAAUACGUGCCAUUUAAAAUUAAAUAUUUCACCUCUGACAUAUGCUGAUACAACCAGCAAAACUGUUAACGUUUUGUUGGAAUGAAAAACCUUGGGAACCUCUACGUUCUGAUUUUAGGGGAGUUUAUCCUGCUGUCCUGUCAUCAGACAUUCAGCAGACCCAGGAACCAUUUUACAUGGAGAUUUGAAUGUGUGUCUGCAACAAUAAUUGUGUCAGAAAGGGGCCAAAACAGUGAUUUAACAUUCUCUGAAUACCUGUAUCUUUUAAAUCACUCUGAAAGCCAGAGCUUUCAAAAUCUCAUUUCAUUUGUGUCUGUCCCUUAUCUCAGUCACUGUAGUUGAUUUGAUCAAGCCCUCAGGAAUGAGUUGUGUAUAUUAAAAAUGAAAUCCUUCCCCUCGUUUAUCUGAAUCACUUUUGUUUGCUUGAUGCCUGGUACUUUAGUGUAUUUGCACACUGUGUUUAGGAAGUUGACAUUUUAUUUACUUAGCAUGUAGAAAAGUAGUUGUAAGCUAAUUCUCUCAAGAGAACAAUUUUAACCGUAGAAACAAUUGUUCGUAAGAACUGUCCAACAUUUCUUUUGAACCCAAGUACCUGGAAUAGUACUGAAGAUUUUAUGAUUAGUGAUUCUACAUGUUUUACCAGAUGAUAAAAAAAAACAGCCUUAAAAAAAAAAAAAAAGAGCAGGUCUUAAUUCCCUAAAGUCAGAUCUGGGCAACAUGCAUCAGUUGGCUGUGCCUUUAUUCUAGAAUUUUACAUUUUCCAAGUAUUUUAGCAGCCCAUUCGUAUCUCCCUAUACAAAUCUGAAGGAGUUCUCAGUUACUAAUGGUGUCUGUCCUGAAGCCAUCUCUAUUUUUCCCACAGGAAAUGUAUCUGCACAGGCACCAAAUGGACCAUAUCAGAAAGCAAAGGGUGACGUAGAGCAGGGCUUUCAUCUCCAUAGCUACCUAGCCCUAGUGACUUGUGACUCUUGGGUAAGCAGCAGAGAGGAACAGGGAGCCAGAGGCUGAUGGAGGGGCCGUGAGGAGUCACUUGUUUCAGAGAGGAGGUAAGGGUAGCUUUGUGCCUGCACCAUCGUUCAGAGCACCUGCAGGAUGCAGGCGUUGGGAGCCUGAUUCCUGCACUUAAUCUGACGUGGGUGUACCGGGGUCUCAAAUUAUAAAUUUUCCAGUGAUCAAUUUUUAUUGCUGGCAUAAAAUUAAAAUCCUUUUCAUACAGGAUAUGGGUGUCUGAGUCAUGUCAAGGAUGCAGAUGGUUUUGUGGCCUUAAAAUGAAGCAUCACAACAGUGACUAGCUAAGAAGACAACUAAGAUGAUGAGUGAAUCCUGUAAAAAAAUUAUGAGCCCUUAGAGCAACAACAGGAUCAAGCAUGAGCAAUAAAUCUGGCCGUGCUGUCAAAAAUGUUAUCUGGGCUACUGAAAAAAGUUUUGACGUAAAUGGAAUGGGAAAAUAAAUGCCAACGGUGAUGA